UCCCUUAAGAUCAUAUUUCUCUCAAACAAAUGAUCUUUCUCCAAUCACACCUUAGAACCAAUUAGAAAUGCUAUCCGAUAAGCAAAAGCCCAUCAGGCGUCAGCACCGUUUUCAUCAUAAACGAAGGCGGUUUCCAGUGAAAAAGAUCAAAUCCAUCACCGUCAUUGCAUCAAUAAAGAAGUCCAUUGUCAAGUGUCGCCAUCACCUCACCAAGUUUUUAUCCGAGCUAGCUCGUAUAGUAACGCCAUCAUGCCACCUCAAGGGCUUCGAAAUUCUUGGACAGGAAGAAAAGACGCAGUUCGAACCCAACAAUGUUAAUAUUGGCCCUCGACUCCAACUUGAAUUUGAAACCAGCUUCGUGCCCCCAGUUCUUGUCUCACACCGCAACCUGCUUCCUCCAUUGGGUUCGGACAAAAAAGGGACGAUUGUUCUUGACUUGGACGAAACACUGGUGCAUUCAAGCCUUGACCCGCCUCCAUCGAGGUACGAUUUCUCAGUUUCAAGAAUUAUGGACGGGGUGACAAUAAAUUUCUACGUGUUAAAACGACCAGGGGUGGAUGAGUUCUUGGAGAUGAUCAGCAAGAAAUACGAAGUUGUUGUGUUCACGGCAGGACACGAAGCGUAUGCAUCGAAGGUGCUGGAUACUAUUGACCCAAAAGGGUUCAUAUUGCACCGGUUUUACAGGGACUCAUGCAAACAUGUGCGAGGGAAAUUCGUGAAGGACUUGUCGGAGAUGGGAAGAAACUUGAGGAAGAUCGUGAUCGUCGAUGAUAACCCAAAGUCUUUUGCAUUACAACCUGAAAAUGGGAUCCCCAUAAAACCCUUUUUCGGUGAUGAGCUUUGGGACAGGGAAUUGAUGAAGUUAGCGGGGUUUUUUGAGAGAUGUGAUGUUUUUCAAGACAUGAGAGAUGCCGUAAAACAGUACCUCGAAGGUGCUAAAGAUUAA